AUGGGAAAGGAAAAAACACAUAUUAAUUUAGUCGUUAUUGGCCAUGUCGAUAGUGGAAAAUCAACUACUACAGGUCAUAUUAUUUAUAAAUUAGGAGGUAUAGAUAGAAGAACCAUUGAAAAAUUUGAAAAGGAAUCAGCUGAAAUGGGUAAAGGUAGUUUUAAAUAUGCAUGGGUUUUAGAUAAACUUAAGGCAGAAAGAGAAAGAGGUAUUACUAUAGAUAUUGCUUUAUGGAAAUUUGAAACUCCAAGAUAUUACUUCACAGUUAUUGAUGCACCAGGUCAUAAAGAUUUUAUCAAAAAUAUGAUUACUGGUACAUCUCAAGCUGAUGUUGCUUUAUUAAUUGUACCAGCAGAAGUUGGUGGAUUUGAAGGUGCUUUUUCCAAGGAAGGUCAAACAAAAGAACAUGCUUUAUUAGCCUUUACAUUAGGUGUUAAACAAAUUGUCGUAGGUGUUAAUAAAAUGGAUACUGUUAAAUAUUCUGAAGAAAGAUAUGAAGAAAUUAAAAAAGAAGUUAGAGAUUACCUAAAAAAAGUUGGAUAUGCAGCAGAUAAAGUUGAUUUCAUUCCAAUAUCUGGC